CAAGACCAAAACCUGUAGUGAAGGUGACUCCAGAUCAGCGUGUGUUCCAAAACCUGUAGUGAAGGUGAGUCCAGAUCAGCGUGUGUUCAGAGGAGAGACAGUCACUCUCACAUGUGACAUACAGAGAGCAGGAAACAUUCAGUGGACAUACAGCUGGUUUAAAGAUGCUUCAGUCAUCAGAGACGUCACUGAGAGAGUCUACAGCAUCACAUCUGAUGAGUCUUACAGUGGUGGAUACAGCUGUAGAGGAGAGAGAUCAGACUCACAGAGAUCAGACAUCAGUGCUGCUGUUACACUGACUGUAUCAG